AUGUAUGACGCUCAAGAUGCAGUGCAUAUAGUGUGCUAUUGGCCUUUUAUUGGCCGUUUUUUUCUGGUUAGCAGUCCGCUCCAAAAUUCCGGUGAUUCACAAGCUCAAAACAAUGUCGAAGGAGAACCACAUGCUCAGUCUGAUCAGGAUGAUAGUUCAGAAGAAGAUAACAAGUCACUGUGGGAACCAACCAGCAAAAUGGCAGAGUUUCCAACAGCACUUUAUAAGGGAAACAUACUUAAAAGCGAUAAAC